UGCUGGGCGGCGGGGCGGCGGGACCCAGGCCAUGGCCGCGGGGGGCUGCCGCUACCAGUUCCGGAUCGCGCUGCUGGGGGACGCGGCGGUGGGCAAGACGUCGCUGCUGCGGCGCUACGUGGCGGGCGCGCCCGGGACCCCGGAGCCCGAGCCCGAGCCCGAGCCGGCGCCCACGGUGGGCGUCGAGUUCUACAGCCGCAUGCUGCAGCUGCGGGCCGGGCCGCGCGUCAAGCUGCAGCUCUGGGACACGGCGGGCCACGAGCGCUUCAGGUGCAUCACCAGGUCCUUCUACCGAAAUGUGGUGGGUGUCCUACUGGUCUUCGAUGUGACAAACAGGAAGUCUUUUGAACAUAUCUGCGACUGGCAUCAGGAGGUCAUAGCCACUCAGGGCCCCGACAAAGUGAUCUUCUUACUGGUUGGCCACAAGAGUGACCUGCGGAGCACCCGCUGUGUCUCCGCUCAGGAGGCGGAGGAGCUGGCUGCCUCCCUGGGCAUGGCCUUCAUGGAGACCUCUGCUAAAAAUAACUGCAAUGUGGACCUGGCCUUCAACACCAUUGCUGACUCUAUCCAGCAGGCCCUGGAGCAGGGGGACAUCAAGAUGGAGGAGGAUUGGGGUGUCCGGCUCAUCCACAAGACCCAAGUCCCCAGGGCCCCCCCAAGACAGCAGCCCCCAGGUCCUUGCCAGUGUUGACUGUGGGAGGGAAAGGGUUAUAGCAGUGCCAACCUCAAAAGUGCUGCUGGGAUGGGGAGUGUCAAUAUCUUUCUUGAGAGCAAAUGGCAGGAUGUAUCCAAAGGGUUAAUAUAAACUAUCCUAGCAGUCACACCUCCUGGAUUCUGGGGUUUCAGAGCUCAGCCCCUUUCUGCUAGAAAGCUCCAAGAAGCCAGGUGUGCAGCUUCAUGUCUUUCAGAGUCCUUCAGCAUGUUUCCUCAGUUGUCGGUGGGGCUCUUGCCACAGCGGGGGUUGGGAGGGUGUGUGAAAAUGAGACAAUGGAUGGGGGGACAUGCUCAGCCAGAGCCAGCCAUACCAUAAGAACUGAAUGACAAGAACUGUCCUCACCACCCUUUCUCCUCUGUGACAUUUCUGGCAGUGCUCCUGAGUUUGGACGCUGAGACGCACUGAGUCUGGACGCUGCCAUACGGGCGAGGAAUUUCAGGGCAAGCCUACCUGGGAGCCUCCUUAGGUCCUCAGACUUGGAUGAGUCUUAAACUUGGAACUCAGGGUUGCUGCCCAGUGCCCCGUCUCCAAGGCCGGGCACUGGAUCUGGAUCUGGGAGGCAGGGAUGAAGGCAAGCGAGCAUCCUAUGUCAGACAAUAGAGGACGCUAGGAAAUAGCAGACACCCACAGCCUCCUCCUCCCAUUUCCAGUACCCCCCCCCCCCCAGCUGCUGGGAGUGCUGCUCUUAACGGUGAUGACAGUGAUGAUGCUGUGCUCACAGCACCCUCCGGGAACUGCCUACCCCUCAGGGCUGACCGAAUCCAGUGUUGAUCUGUUGAUCUACUGAGGGGUAGAGGCCUGGCUCUCUUGCCCCAGCUCUGAAGGUCAAACCCAGCAUCAUCACUCUUCAGGGGGCUGAUUGAGCCCAUUGUUCUUACAUCACAGCUAAAUUCUCCCUCUGCUCAGUCCCACUUCCUACAGUUCCUCCCCAAAACAGGUGUUGAUCUCAACAAUCCUCUAAUCAAUGUCAGCCCACUAAUCCUCAUUUCAGAAAUUGCCUCCAGGGGAACAGGAGCUGCUAGGCAGAGAAUGUCCUAGGGCAAUCAGGGAAGGCUUCCUGGAGACGGGGUUUAUGUUGGUAAUAAGAGCAAGUGUAGAGGAGGUGCCAUUGUGCCAGUGGGCACAAUAAAGACCACAAGCACAGUCACUCACUUUGUGACCUGGGGAGCUAAUGGGUCCCAGAUUCAUCCUCAGUAUCAUAUGACUGAUAAUCCCUUCUUCAAGGGUUCUUGGGAGAUUUCCAGUCAGGGUGGGUUUCUUAGCUUCCUCUCCAAGGGGCUGGGCCAGGGUGGGUCUCCCCAUGCACAGCCUCCCCUUUUAAAACAUCACUCAUCCUUAAGAUAGUCUUGCAAUGUUGGCAGUUACCCUCAUUUCACAGCUUGGAGAGGGAGAGGGGUAUGACUUGUUUGUUUUUGUUUGUUUUGUUUUGUUUUAAUAAGCAUCUACUCUGUUCUGAGCUCUGAGGAUGCAGCAGCGAACAUGACAGAAAAGCUCUCCUGGGGGAUCCCUGGGUGGCUCAGUGGUUUGGCUCCUGCCUUCAGCCCAGGGUGCGAUUCUGGAGACCCGGCAUCGAGUCCCACGUCGGGCUUCCUGCA